AAUCUCAUUCUCAUCCAAUGUAAUGUUACCUUAGGCUAAGGCAGAUAUAUGUUCUGUCCACAAAAACAUUGAGAGGUUCCCUGCAGAAUUCAUGGAUAAUCUUCACAUUCCUCUUUCAAGCAGGAGUUCCCUUAAGGUAACUGGUCAGAUUCUUGUAAAAGAUAAGUUUGAUGCUGCUAGAUUUUCACCUUUCUGGAAUGAGAUUGUCAAGAAUCUAAGAGAAGAAGAUUACAUUACUAAUCUGGAAAUGGAAUUGCUUCAAAUGCCUAAAAAUACUGGAACUGUUCCCAUGGUGCAAUGGCCUCUUUUUCUACUAGCCAGCAAGUUAUUCCUCGCAAAAGAUAUAGCUGGAGAGAGUGACACACAAGACGAACUAUGGGAUAGAAUUUCAAGAGAUGAUUAUAUGCAAGAUGCAGUUGAGGAAUGUUUUUACACCAUCAAGCUAAUUUUGACUUCAAUUUUCGACAAAGAAGGGAACGAAUGGGUUGAAAGAAUAUACGAUGACAUUAAAGCAAGCAUAGUGCAAAGAACAAUCCACUUUGACUUUCAACUGAAAAAACUCUCACUUGUUAUGCAAAAAGUCACCGCCCUUACUGGAAUUCUGGUCUGUAUUUGUUUUUUUUAAUCAACUUAUUCUCUU